UUAAAAGUAAAGCAUCAGAAUUAGUAACAGUGCAGAGCAUGUCUGCAAAUUCCUAAGAAAUAAGGUGCCUUUCUAAAUGAAUUAAUUGGAUAUGUAGGAUGAACAUUGGUGGUACUUGUCAUAAAGAACCUUGAGCUCAACAACAACCCACCCAGCACAAAAUCCAGCUGAUCAAUGAAUCAGUUUUGUAUUGAUUUCCCAACACAGACGGGAUAGGAGGUGUCAGUAAUUAUAAUCAAUCAGUGGGUCCAACCCAUGAGCAGUUAGGUAUAGUCCUGAGUAUGGUUUAGCUGAAUAUGAGUGGUUAAUAACUGGUCAUGACUUCUGACAACAGAUCAGAUAAAUGCUGCAAUUUGCUGUAACAAUCUGCAAACUUUACAGUUUCUGUAUGUUUUAUUUGCUUGUAUUGUUUGGAGAAGCUUUAUGAAAAAUGACAGUUUUGCUGAUAGUUACAGGAAAAUUGGCACUCCCUCCGUGCAGUAAAGCUUGUAGUUGAAAGAAUCGUGUCUUGUUUCCUGUCUUGAUGUGUCUGUAGGUGUGCUUGUCUUUAGGUUGUUGUCUGUGGCAUGCAGCUUAUCUUAGCUGCACAGCAAGGGCUUAGAGAUCCAGGCUACUGGCAUAACGGGCACCACCCAACCUGCCCCACCUCCUUACUCGGUGCAUUUCAAUAGAUUUAAAUUAUGAAAUUACUUUAAACACGCAUUGAUCGUUAAGUGGAGGAUCAGAAUAGGUAAAGAGGGUUCUAAAAAGACACUGAGGAGGCUAAAUUAUCUCAGCAGCCACACUCAGCAGUCCUGGAAAGAGAGAAAGAGUGUAGUAGAUGGGAAGCUCCAAGUGGCAGCGAUGAUAGCAGAAGGAAAAAAGAAAACUGAGGCAAAUUCUUUGAUAGCUGCAUUGUUUGCAUCUAACGGGCUCAAAGAGCAUUUUUGAAAAUGUGCUUUUUGGAAGUUUAGUUCUUUGAGUGAAAAAGACUCAGGAAUAGCGUGGGAGAGUUCAGCGAGAGUUCUUCUGGGAAAACUUUGUCUUUUAGUGCAGUUUUUCAAACUAAAAAGCCACUGUAGCAAUUUACAGCAAGCUUUCCGUGUGAUCAUUUUUGAAAAGUUACUGGAUAAGCACAACAUUUUAUGCCUGAUCUAUUGAAUGACACACAAACCAGCAGGACUCUUGAAGCACAUCUUUUCCACAGAUCCAGCCAAAAAUCCUUCCUGAUCUACAACAAGCACACAAACUUAAACAAGACACAUUUCUGCUUGCCAUGGAAACAGAAACUAACACGUGGGCUCGCUGCUCUGAAACUAUCUCCACGUUUAAAUUUACUCUGGAUUACAACACUUGAGCUGCAAACAGCACGGAAGAGAAGCGAACAGUGACACAGCCAAUUAAACUGUGUUCUUCCCAGCCAGGGAUGUGUUGUGUGUUACUCUGAGGACUAGUUGUAUGCUACAACCCUGCGAAUGAGGGUGGGGCUCUCCCACUGCCAUAGACAAAGACUGCACAAAGAAUCCUGGUGUGAGCGUUGGUCAUCUGGGGCAGUUGUGGGACCCGCACAGCCACGAUGGGGUGCAACAUGUGUGUGGUCCAAAAACCUGAGGAACAAUACAGGGUCAUGUUCCAGAAGGGUCACAUAAGCAACAUGCUGUGCUCUUUUGAUGCUGAUGGUCGAUUGAAGGUGAAUGGGAAGGAGUUGACACGUCUGUCGGGGGAUCCCACCCUGGACAUACGGGACCCUGUGCUAUCCAGCAUACUGAGGAGGGGGGCCCGCAGACGGGCGGGCUUAGCAGGAGCUCCUGGAGGCCAAGUGCCAGUGACCAUGGGCAUGGCCGACUGUGUGGACAGCUGCACCCAAACAGACAUCAGCUUCCAGCAUAUGUUGACUCUGGGCAAGAGCAGCCAGCAUCCCUGUGGAGCUCCACCCCCACCCGACCCGCCACCGUCCCCUCCUCUGCCUCCACUCCUGGAACCAUAUCUACUCAAUGAACUCUUUAUAGAGCCUGUAUACUAUGACCCCACAGACUACUUCGACAUCAACCAGCAUGAAGUGGACAGGCAGGAUGAGCUGGAAUAUGAGGAGGUGGAGUUGUACAAGUCUCGACAGCAGGAUAAACUGGGUCUGACAGUGUGUUACAGAACUGAUGAGGAGGAGGACCUUGGGAUCUAUGUAGGCGAGGUGAACCCCAACAGUAUAGCUGCAAUGGAUGGUCGUAUCCGCAAAGGGGAUCGAAUACUACAGAUAAAUGGAGUGGACAUCCAGAACAGAGAGGAGGCGGUAGCUAUUCUCACCAGAGAGGACAGCACUAAUGUAUCCCUGCUUCUCGCACGACCCGAGAUAGAGAAUGACAACCAGCUGGAUCCAGAUGAGCUGGAGCUGGAGCCAUUAGACAAUGCUGUCCACCUGGCCAGCUGUCAUAGUGUGAAGAACAGCCCUUCUGUUCUGGGUGCAGGACCUGGAGGUUUUGCUGGUGUUCUACCCAGCCACAGUCAUUCACUGAACAGGGAUUCCCCCAGUUUGCUUCAGACAGUGCUGAGCAAUAGCCAGGAGCUAGACAGUGGGGUGGGUCGUACAGAUGAAAGCACACGCUAUGAGGAGUCUUCAGAGCAUGACCUUCUGGGAGACGACCACACUAGUGCCUCCAAUACGAAUGCAACCAACACACCAGGCAGCAUGCGCAAAUUUUUCUCCAGCCGAGGGGAAACUCCACCCUUGCUGCAUUCCCAGGACCUCCAGUUUAGCACGGACUCCCUUUUAGGUCUGGAAUCUGUUAAUGGAGGCGGCUUGGAACAGGGGGAACGUUUGGAAAGGCCCUACAAGGCAGAUCCUGUGAGGAUGAUGAUGCCUGGGCUGACUGAGGAGGAGUGUGAGAGGUACAAAGAGCUGCUGGAAAUCAAGUGUUACUAUGAAAAGAACAGUAAUGCUCUAACGUUACUGGGAGGUCAGGGGCCAGCACAAGAGGAAGGGGGUGUCUCACUGGAUGUGAACAGGAAUGAAAGUCUGACACAGCAUGAGAUGGCUCUCCUAGAAGAGGAACUGCGCCACUUGGAAUUCAAGUGUCGCAACAUCCUGAGGGCACAGAAAAUGCAGCAGCUGAGGGAGCGAUGCCUGAAGGCUUGGCCUCUAGAGGAAAAGAAUGGGGCAAGUGUAGGGGCUGGAGCAGGAGCUGGACGCUUGGACAUUAAUGGUACUUUGGUCAGCGAGGAAUCCUGUCACCAUGCUCUUUCAGAUAUCAACGAGCUUCCCGAGAGGGAGCGCUCAGAUAAAGAUAGCACGAGUGCCUACAACACUGGAGGGGAAAGUUGCAGGAGUACCCCUCUUGCCAAUGAACAGUACCCUUCACAUUCCACACAGAGUCUGGAGGGAGGAGAGUGUCUUCACUCAGCAGGUAUGCAGACUCCAGCGUCCACUCGGCAGAGAGAGAGAGGAACCAGAGGGGACGGAAUACAAGAAAACUUAAACCAACCCUAUUCUCCCCACGCUCACAGGCGAGGGGCUGAAGCAAAGACUUCCAGCCCUGGUGCAAAGGUUAGGUCCCUGUCCAGAGAUGGGGGAACCAGGAGGGGCUCAGAUGGAGGAGUGAGACGUAAUCCCAAAGCUAACGGAAUGGCUGACAGGGGUGGUGGACGCAGUGCAGAAAACAGCCCUUAUUUGUCUCGCCGUCAGACUGAAACACAGCCGCCUCAACGCUACCUGAGCUGCAUGCAGCUGAGGUCCCCCUCCACCUCUGAGCAGCUGGGUGGACUAAGAAAUGCUCCCAAAGAGGGCAUCAUAGAUAAUGGAGGCGAUGCAAGCCCAAUGAGCCUGGGUAGCACAUGCAAAGAUGUUACCCAGGCCCCAGGUGCUGCAUCCUUACCCCUGUCUCCUCCACUGCUGCCUGCCUCCCCUCGAAUGGAGUGGAAGGUGAAGAUUCGCAGCGAUGGCACGCGCUACGUGGCCAAGCGGCCUGUGAGGGAUCGCCUCCUGAAGGCACGCGCCAUGAAGAUCAGAGAAGAGCGCAGCGGCAUGACAACAGACGACGACGCUGUAAGCGAAAUGAAAAUGGGACGUUAUUGGAGCAAAGAGGAACGCAAGCAGCAGCUGCUGAAGGCCCGAGAGCAGCGGCGGCGCAGAGAGUUCAUGAUGCAGAGCCGCCUCGACUGUCUGAGAGAGCGUGAGAGGGAGCAGGGAAGCAGCGGAGGAGGACAGCAGGGAACCGAACAACAGCAAGAACCAACUUCAAUCCUGGAGUUGUGUCACCGCAGGAGCAUGAAGAAGCGGAGUCGCAAAAUCCUGGACAAUUGGAUCACUAUACAGGAGCUACUGGCUCAUGGAACCAGGUCUGCGGAUGGGAAGAAAGUCUAUAACCCCCUGCUGUCUGUCACCACAGUCUGAGGAAAGAAAUGAUCAGAGAGUGAGGGCAGAGAGUUAGGAAUAUAAGAAAGUGCCAAAGUGUUUUACUUUCAGGAUGAGCAGCUUCAGUAAACCAUGGCACAAAUGUUAAUCUGCAGAGAUGCCGCAACACAAAUUCAUGAUGGUAAAUGACUGUAAUGAUUACAAAACCUUAGGCCUGAGUUCAAAAUCCAAAAGGAAAACUGUCACGUUCUGUGUCUAGAAAAACACGCAGUCGAAAUGAUCAUUCAUUGAAGAAAUGAACUCGAAGCCCACAAAUGCAAUGCAUUUUAAAUACACUGUAGCAGACCUAUAGACCUAAAAGACACAGAAUUAAGUAAACAAAACGAUGUCUGCUGUCAGGGAUUGAACCACCUGCUGUUUAACAACUAGAAACUAUUUUAUGAUCGAAAGAAUGCAGAAAAAUCAAAAGUGAAGCCAAGAGCCAUGCAGCUGUGAAAUAAGAUGAGUUAAAGUCACUUCUGUGCCAUAAAACUGAACAUUUAGUGUCCACAGAGGACUUCUCAUUAAGCACACCUUCAAAAGAACAUUUUGUGCCAGUUUAUGUCGUUACAAUUUCCUACAUUCUUGAAGUGUUCAUGUACAAAUGCCUCUUUGUUUUUGUCGUAAGAAAGCCAACAUCUUCAGCUGAUCACAGAUGCUUCUUGGUCAUGAGGAGCUGAGCGGUGCCUUCCUUUCGGGCAGACUUGACUGUAUAUAGCACAUUUUUCAAUGAUACAAAAAAAAUAAAAAAUCUAGAGGAAAAAAUAAACGGUGAUGCACAAAGCAGCCUAAUUACCGUUUUUCCAAAAAGAAACACUGUAUCAUACAAGCACAUUAAUCAUUUGAUAGCGUUUCAUGCAAAACUAGACCAAUACAUUUUGGUUAGUAUGCAGUAUAGUUUAUCUUAAUGCUGACUGUGAUCAAGGCUAUUGCAAUGCAAAAUAAAGUUGAAAAAAAUUCCUGUUAAUUUGGUCUACUUGAAUUGCAAUCAUAGCCAAGGAUGGGACGACUAAUUUCCUAACUUAUGUAAACUAAAGCUAAUUUUUCA